AUGCCGCAACACUCAGAGACGGUGCUGGGCAAGCACCAGGAUAUUUUGACCCAGGGUGUUGAUCCCGAGGAUGUUGAUCCAGAGGUUAGUGAUCGAGAGGUCUCGAUCGUCACAGACGACCAAGUUCCGCCUGAAUUUCCGGAAGUUUCAGAAGAGGAAGAUGAAGAGGACGACCGAGUUCUCGAGCUGAUGCAAUUGUCCGUUGCUUUCUUUACACAGAUGAAGGCAACGCGGCCAGAAAUAGUACGUGGAGUCCGUGUUUGGAAGCUGUUGCGUUACUUGCCGUCGGCGUGGCUACGCGGCAAUCUCAAGGAUCUGCACGGGUUAAGUCAGCAGACAACACAUCUGGAUCAGUUUUGGUCCCACAGCUGGCAUGGGUCGCAGUGGACCAAGUAUGCCAACAUGCUUUACCUGAAUAAUUGCAUGCCGGCAAGCAUUGCAGGAACAUUAAGUGCAAGCGUAGCCUGCGGCUUCGUCUCAGCAGGAUCUCUGGGUGCACGACAGGGCUGGUGCCUCCUCUUCGGGUUUCUAACCUUUUGCAUCGCCUUGCUACUUUGGCGUCCACGAAAGCUAGUUUUUCUGGACGUCGCGUGCGUUCACCAAACUGACGAAGACAGAAAGGGAGAGGCGAUCAUAAGUAUGGGUGCAUUUUUGAGUCAGUCGACUUCCAUGCUGGUUUUCUGGGAUCCCACAUGGGUCACAAGACUGUGGUGCAUCUUCGAAGUCGCUGCGUUUCUGCACAGCCGCACUGAAGGUUGCAAGGCAGAUCUGCAGAUAAUUCCUCCCUUGCUAGGGCCAGUGCUUCUGGGCGGUGAGAUGCUGUUCUGCGUGCUAGGAGUGCUCUUCUUGUACAUAGAAUCCUCCCUGGUCUCUUCAGACGAGGCAAUAGACAUAGCCGUGGGAGAACAAUAUAUCAUGAUCGUCGCUCUUCUUGGCCUGCUCUCCAGCUUCGUGACGCACGCUUGGCGAGGUUAUGCCCGCAGCAUUGACACGCUGCAAGAGCAACUCCGCGAGUUCAAGGUGGAACAUGCGAGAACUUGCUGCAACGGCGACCAUGGAAACAGGCCUUUACGCGACCGUGAGAUCAUUCUUCAGUGCAUCGCUGCGUGGUACAACUCACUGGACCGCUUUGAAUCGCAAGUGCAAGCCGAAGUUCGGAUGGCCGUCAUCGAUCAGCUUGCAAGCAAAGUCUUGUCUUAUCAGCGAGUCCUGCUAGUGCUUACUCCGCAGGCCUGGCUUCGUCUCGAGUAUGUUUCUAGCCAUGCAGGAGAUCCCAUCCGACAGGUAGUCGACCUGGCCCAGAUGUUCACGUAUUGGCUAGCCAUUUUCCCGGUGGUGGACAAACUGGGCUUCCGUUUGUGCUACCGCUUGCGAGCACGAUGUUGUAAGAUAUACUUGGACUUCUUGCUUUCUUUGGGAAUCGUGAUAUUGGCGCUCUCGCUCUUCGCCGCCUGCUACGCGAUCCAGGUCUAUGUCUUCCGUCAAAACGACCCUGGCCUUCUCCUCACUGUAGUCUCAAUGAUUUCUUGGUGGACGCUUGCGGCCAUCCUGUGGCAGUUCAUUUGA